AACACAAUAUGGCUACGGGUAUAUAGUACUAUCUCGCUCGCACACCUAAUGCAAGAGAGUGGAAAGAGAGCAGUUGGUACGAUCAGUGGCAGAAAUCUCGUCGAGACGAAUCCACCAAAGUUGACAAUUAAUUGGCCACAAAUAUUCCCAAUCAAUCAAAAUAGUUUCAGUGCAAUAGUGGCAAAUAGCAAUAAGUGUUAAUUGACGGUACAUGAAGCAAUUUUAGAGAUUCACUUAUCUAUUUUUUUUCUCCUUCUAUUUAAUCCGUACACAACAGCAUUAGUCACGCAGCAAAAGUGCCUACAAGUGAACUCCCUGUCUAUUUAUAGACAUUUCUCUGACUUCUUCCAUAAAGUACAAAACAGUGCCAAUUAAUUAAGCUCGAUACCCGAGGAUUCGUCUAGGUUCUUUUAAGUUUUUUUUUCCCUGCAAAAAUAAAGAAGAGGUUACUGCACCUGGAAUCGCAAUGCCAGUGUUCCACACUAAGACAAUCGAGAGCAUCUUGGAGCCUGUAGCCCAACAGGUCUCCAGAUUGGUUAUUCUUCACGAAGAAGCUGAAGAUGGAAACGCAAUGCCUGACCUCUCCCGGCCCGUCCAAGCGGUUUCGAUCGCUGUGACAAACCUCGUAAAGGUCGGCCGGGAGACAAUCAAUAACUCCGACGAUGAUAUCCUUAAACAGGAUAUGCCACACUCCCUGGCCCGCGUUGAAGAUGCUUCGCAGCUCCUUGAGCAGGCGUCAGCCAUGCUCCGGGCAGAUCCAUACUCCGGACCUGCUCGGAAAAAGCUUAUCGAGGGUUCUCGUGGAAUCCUCCAGGGCACCUCAGCAUUGCUUCUCUGCUUCGAUGAGUCCGAGGUGCGCAAAAUUAUCCGUGAGUGCAAGAGAGUACUGGACUAUCUGGCUGUAUCUGAAGUGAUCGACACAAUGGAGGAUCUUGUGCAGUUCCUCAAAGAUCUCUCUCCAUGCCUUAGCAAAGUCACCAGGGAGGUGAGUGCUCGUGAGAAGGAACUCACGCAUCAGGUGCACAGUGAGAUUUUGGUGAGGUGCAUGGAGCAAGUGAAGAUCCUAGCCCCCAUCCUCAUCUGCAGCAUGAAGGUGUAUAUUCACAUUGUGGAGCAGGAUGGGAAAGGAGCCGGUGAAGCGGCUGAGAAUCGCAAUUAUCUGGCUGCUAGGAUGUCCGAUGAGAUUCAGGAGAUCAUCCGUGUGCUCCAGCUCACAACGUACGAUGAGGAUCAGAGUGAGUUGGACAAUCUGACGGUGCUGAAGAAGCUCUCCAAUGCCAUUCGCAAUAAGAUGGAGACUGCCAUGGAUUGGCUGGCGAAUCCCUAUGCCUUGAAGGGAGGAGUUGGUGAGAAGGCUCUAAGACAGAUUGUUGAGAAUGCCCUCAAGAUCGCUGAUCGCUGUCUACCUCAGCACGCUUCGGCAAUCCGGAAGGUGGCGUCUGAUGUCACCAGUAUGACCAAUGCUCUCUGUGAACUUCGCCAGGAUGGCAAGGGAACAACGCCUCAAGCUGAGAACCUAGCCAGAGAGAUUCGUGGUCGCCUGACCGAUCUAAACAGAGCUGUGCAGGAUGCAGUGAUCGGGGUAGAUAAGGCUGGUCUCCAGCAGGCAGCUCACACUGUCCAAGGACGCCUGGAACAAGCCUGUAGAUGGCUGAAUAAUCCAACAGUUGAUGAUCGUGGCCUAGGAAAACGUGCCAUUGACUUGAUCGUUGCUGAGGGCAAGCAAGUUGCUGAAGGACUUCCUGGGCAUCAACGAGCUGAGAUUCUUGCUCUCUGCGAUGAAGUCGAAGCCUUGUCUGAUCAAUUUGCCAAGCUCUGUGCUGCUGGAUUGGGAGAUACUCCUGAAGCUCAGGAGAUCGCUCGUAGAUUGAAUGCCAAGCUCCACGAGCUGAAGAAGCAAAUCCAGACAGCAGUUGUUGGGCGAGUUGUUGAGGACUUUAUGGAUGUCGCUACUCCAUUGAAGCAGUUCAUGGAGGCUGUAAAUGUGCCAGAGGGAACUCCAGGAAGAGAUCAGAACUUUGCCCAGAAAGCUUCUGCUCUGCAAGCUUUCAGUGAUCGUGCAGCUAAAACAAGCAGAAUGGUGGCUGCUGGAGGAUCUGGAGGCAACAAGAAGCUGGCUGAAAUUCUUCUGUCUUCAGCCGCUCAGAUUGACUCUCUGACACCUCAGCUGAUCUCUGCUGGACGCAUCAGGAUGAAUUAUCCUGGUAGCAAGGCGGCAGAGGAGCAUUUGAACAACCUCAAGCAGCAAUAUGCGGACACAAUUGCCAGGAUGAGGGCACAUUGCGAUCAAGCUACUGAUCCGGCGGACUUUAUUAAGGCAUCCGAGGAGCAGAUGCAGAAGCAUACGUUCCUGUGCGAGGAAGCCAUUAGGCAGCGUCAGCCACAGAAGAUGGUGGACAACACGACAGGAAUUGCAAGAUUGGCCAAUAGGGUGCUAGCCGUGGUUAACCAGGAAGCUGACAAUUCGGAAGAUCCUGAGUAUAUUGGGAAGUUGAAUGCUUGCGCAGCUGAAAUCCAGAAUCGUGUUCCACAAAUGGUGCAGGAUGCCAAGGCGGUGGCCACAAAUAUCUCUGAUCCUCAGGCAGCGUCCAAUUGGCGCGACUCCAACAAACAACUUCUUGCCAGCAUCCGGAAUGUCCAUGGUGCUGUGGCUCAUGUUCCUGAGAUUCCCCAGCCUCCGGAUAUGUCUGCCCUCAAUCUUCAUGAUCGUGCUCCACCAAGGCCGCCACUUCCUCGUGAGAUCCCACCAUCUCGUCCUCCACCACCGGAAACCGAUGAUGAGGACGAGGUCUUCAAAUCUGUUCCUCAGGCCAAUCAGCCCAUUCUCAUCGCAGCUCAUGGAUUGCACCAGGAAGUUCGUCAGUGGUCAUCGAAGGACAACGAAAUUAUCGCGGCAGCUAAACGAAUGGCCGUUCUUAUGGCCAGACUUUCCGAACUCGUGCAGCAGGAUUCGAAGGGUAGCAAGAGGGAACUGAUCGCAACGGCCAAAUUGAUUGCUGAGGCUUCAGAAGAUGUCACUAGACUAGCUAAACAACUAGCCCGGGAAUGUACAGACAAACGCAUCAGAACGAACCUUCUGCAAGUUUGCGAGAGAAUCCCGACUAUCGGUACGCAGCUGAAGAUCCUCUCGACAGUCAAGGCUACCAUGUUGGGUGCUCAGGGAUCUGACGAAGAUCGCGAGGCUACGGAAAUGCUGGUGGGUAAUGCCCAGAACCUCAUGCAGAGCGUCAAGGAAACGGUUCGAGCAGCUGAAGGAGCUAGCAUCAAGAUCCGUUCAGAUCAGACCAACAAUCGCCUUCGUUGGGUCAGAAGACAACCCUGGUACAGGUACUAAAGAUCCUCAUGCAUCGAAUGAUCAACUAAAGAUCCCCCCAACACAAAGUGCUACACUAAACACUAAUUUGUUCAUAAAUAAAAAUUUUGUCAGUGUGCCUUUUUUUAUUAAAUUAAUUCUUCACACAGAAAUGAUUAGAAUUGAGAAUAAUAUUGCAGUAUGGACUAAAAAUAACUCAACGUCAGUCAUCCUCCUCAUCCGAGCUUCAACACAUUUCAUAAUACUUAGCAUUUAUGUCAUGAUCAACAGUGUGUGUAGAAAAUGAAUUGUUGACCAAAUGUUUAUUAAUGUUCAAAAGACACCUCAAUCCAUUUUUUUUUCUCUUUGAAAAAUUCACCUCUAACUCGUAUAGAACGAUGAAAAGAAAUACCUGCCAAUUUGCCAAGUUUGUCACAAAAUAUGUGAAAAUGUGUUUAAAUUUUUCUCUUGAUACUUAAACAUAAUGUUUUUUUUUUCUAAUGAGAAUGAUCUUUUUUUUUUAGUAAUGAUUCAACUCUUUACUAUCGACUAAUGCCAAAUUGUUACAAGAUUAAUGUAUAUUGAAUGUUUUUAAAAUAGAGUAGGGCCUCUUUUUUUUAAUAAUAAAAUAAUUACAAGGAAUUAAUGUGUAUCUGAAACUAGAAAGAAAAUAUACAAUUCAAUGGAGAGAAUAGCAAA